AUGGCUAGGAAGAAAUUGAAACUUGCUUUUAUCUCUGAUGAGAUGACAAGGAAAAGCACGUACAAGAGAAGGAAGAAGAGUAUGAUGAAGAAGGUGGAUGAACUUGCGACCCUCUGCGGGAUCUCAGUUUGUGCUAUAAUUUGUAAUCCUUUUGAUUCUGAGACAGAAGUUUGGCCAAAUCCAGAAGGAGCCAAGAAGGUGAUCGAGAGGUUUAAGAAUGCAUCUGUGCUGAACAAAAGCAGGAAUGUGAACCACGAAAGCUUCAUGCUGCAAAGGAUCGCCAAAGCCCAAAAUGAAUUGAAGAUGCUACGUCAAGACAACUAUGAGAAGGAGAUUACCUUGUCCAUGUUUCAGUUCAUGCUAGGUCAAAACCUGCCAAAUACCGUUCAAGAAAUCAAAGAAAUCCACAAAAUGAUUGACAAAAAUAUAAAACAGAUUGAGAAUAACUUGGCUGCACUCAACUCUCACUCUAUUUGA